UGACGUUUGGGGGCCGUAAAAAUGGCGGAGUCGGAGGAGGAGGUGGACGUCUUGGUCCAGAGAGUUGUCAAAGACAUCACUAACGCCUUCAAGAGAAACCCCAACAUUGAUGAGAUUGGUGUGAUCCCGUGUCCAGAGGCCCGCUACAACCGCAGUCCCAUUGUGUUGGUGGAGAACAAGCUGGGUGUUGAAAGCUGGUGUGUCAAGUUCCUGCUGCCAUAUGUCCACAACAAGCUGCUGCUCUACCGCCAGCGCAAACACUGGCUGGACAGGGAAGCUUUGGUGGAUAUCACCUGCACUCUGUUGCUGCUUAACCCGGACUUCACCACCGCAUGGAAUGUCAGGAAGGAGCUCCUGCAGUGCGGAGUGCUUAACCCAGAGAAGGACCUCUACCUGGGAAAGCUGGCCCUCACCAAAUUCCCCAAGAGCCCAGAGACAUGGAUACACCGACGCUGGGUGCUGCAGCAGAUCCUGCGUCAGUUCUCUGCUGUGGGCUGCAGCAGGAAGCAGCAGCAGGGCGAAGCAGAGCAGGCUGAUGCAGAGAGGAGCCAGCAGCUCAGUGACCAUCUGGCCAGGACGCUCCACCAAGAGAUGAAGGUGUGCUCUGAUGCUGCCUGUCGAUAUCCCAGCAACUACAACGCCUGGUCCCACCGCAUCUGGGUGCUGCAGCACAUGGCCAUGGGCAACGUCAAGGUUUUCCAUGAUGAGCUGUCCUCUAUGCGCCUGUGGGUGUCCAUGCAUGUGUCUGACCACAGCGGCUUCCACUACCGCCAGUUUCUGCUCAAGGAGCUGAUCACUGAGCUCUCCCAGACUCCGGCUUCCACCACCACUUCACCCCAGCACCGGCCCAGCACAGUCCCCAGCGGCAGUCCCCACCAUCACAGCCACACCCAUGCUAACGGGGAGCUAUCAGGUGCAGAGGCAGCGGGUGAGGAGGAGAGGCAGCUGGGCUUCACCACAGUCCUUCAACUCUUCCACCAGGAGAUGGAGCUCUGCACAGACCUAAUCCAGUCUUUCCCUGGACACGAAACACUCUGGAGUCACAGGCGGCAUGUCUUCUACUUGUGGCACCACUGGAGGAGGGAACACCAGCACCACUGCAGCAACAACGUAGGCAGCGAGUCGGUCCACCUUAACGACAGCGAGCCAGGCCCGCAGAAGGACAGCGCUCAGAGCUGCUCAGGCCGGGGGGAGAGUGUGAAUGGACAGAGGCAGGCUGGUGAAGCUAUGGAGGUAGACGGGGCGUCCUUGCCAAACCCACAUGACAGCAAGAGACUGAAGAGAGGAGUCCUGCUGCCAGACCCCCCCGCCCUCCCCUCGGAGUACAGCUUUGUGAGCAGUAUCCUGGACAACGGCUGUAACCCCGAGCAGAGACGUUUUGCCCUGGCGUAUAGGAAGUGGUUAGACACUGUCAUUGGUCAGCAGCCUUGAGAGAACAGUUAGCCCCAUCCUUUCUCAAUAUUGAAGUUGCCUUUAGUCACAGAUUUAGGAUCAGCUUGCCUACCUGUAGUGCUGACUUUAACUUAUAGUACUUCAGAUGCAGUGAUGACUUUAGAAACCAGUCAUGGGGCAGCCUGGUUACUGUCCCAUCCUCCUGACAGUGAGUGAGAGGAUGGGGUCUCUAGUCCGUUCUUCCUUGGAAACAUCUGGAUUCCCUCGAGCUUCACCUGAGCCAGCACCCCUUCAGAAUGGAAAUCUGCACACAUAGAGCCUAUUGGCUCUGUGUGUGUGUCAGUAGAUUAUGUUCUUAUUUCAGGUGUCUCAAUGCCUCAGGUCAAAUUUCCACAUCUUUUUUUUUUUUUUUUUUAAUUCUUCAUUGCCAGUUUGGCGUUUGCCUGCAUAUCAUUUCUGUUUCAGCAAAGAAACUUAACGAAGCUGCCACAGGAGAAGGAAUAUUGUCUUUGCAGAGGUGAGAGCAGAGCUGAAUUUACACCCAGUCUGACUCGCUAAAAAUCCCACUUGUUGGACCUGAUUGUAUGAAAUGCCAAAAACGCCAAUAUACUGAGAUAAUCAUAUGGAUAACAUAAUGAUGACAUAAUUGGAUAAUACGUUAAAACUCAAUUAAUUAUAAAACGUUACUUCAUUACUCUUUACUAUUACUGUUAUUUUCAUAGAAAGACUCUCAAAAGUCUGUUUAAUCAAUCGAUUGGCUGAAAGCUAAUGGGGUGGCUACAGCUCAUGUAAAAUGCCAUUAUGAAAUUAAAAUAAGGCACUUUAAUACAGCUAUAAUGUAAGGAAAAUUAACUUUAAUUCAAAUUGUUACAAGUGAUUAAAUAUAAUUUGUCAUUAAUAUGUUAAGUUUUAAGAAUUUGCACUAUUCGUAUGUUUCACAACGUCCAGUAAAAAGUACUCAGAAUAAAACAGAAUGAUGGUAGCUCUGAUUAUAUGUCCUUCUGACAAUACUGAAAGACUUUUUUUCGGCUUCACGCUCACUCUUCUUUAGAUGAAUGUGUUCAAAUUCACUCAAUCUCACUUGUUGCAAUGGCAGUUUUUAAGCACAGCCAGACUCCUGUUUUUCUUUGAGGUUCCUUAGAUUUCCAUUCUGAAGGUGGUAACAUUUAUUAACUGUGUCAUUCUUUCUUUUCUUCUGUUGGUCCUUGUUUGCUGUUCCUGGUGGAUUUCUACCCUCUAAUAUUACUGGUGAAUAUAGUCAGUAAGUCCUAACUAUGUAGCUAAGUUACAGUAGCUUGCAACAGAAAGCCAAAAAGCUAGUUGUUAGCUAAAAGUUGUUUUACCAAGUGAAACGUUAGUCAUAGCUAACUUGCAAGUCUUACCUUCUGCCAACCCGAAGCAUUAAAUACAUAAGUGGAGAAAUGUUUAGCGGUACUGAUGUUUGACUUUGAAGGACAGAGUGCUAGGGAGUUUCCGUGACAUUUACUGGUGCUACAUGUUGCCGUUACUACAACUACUUCAUCUGUUACAGGGAUGUAGUGUGCAACAGGUCAGAAAACUGAACAGCACUUUGGACUAUUUGAUGAUAAUAGGCAAUCAUUGUUUUGUGAGAUAUCACUGCUAAAUGACAAUAUUACAAUUUUAUUUUUUUUGAAAUAUUGUCUUUUAUUUUGCACCAGGCUAGUUAACAGUAGCUGUUCUACGUCACUACCUUGUAUAAAAAUAGACAUGACAUCAAAAAGUCAAAAUCUACAUUACAUCUUUGUGUUAAGGAAUAAUUUAUAGCAUACUCUAAACACAGUUCAACCCUUCAGUAAUGUAGAAGGUGAAAAUGAUAGCUGUUCCCACUACAUUGUCUUAUCUAUAUAUAUUGAUAAGGGAAGAAUGGUAUUCUUAAAUUUGACUAACACAUCUGAGGUCACCUGUAUUCCAGAUAGUUGCCUAGAAAAUCUAAUGGAUUGCACUUUGAAUAGGAUCCAUCUUUUUAUUUCCCAAUGAUGUUAUAGGUCAUUGUUACUAGUUGUUUAGCUCUGUCAUUGGCAUAUCGGUACACAAGUGAACAAAUACAUGAAUUUACACAGAGGACAUUGUUGUUCCAUCAGUGCAGUGCACAUUAGCAUUCACUACAUGUACUAUGUGAUCACAAAUGUGGCACAAGCAUUUGCAUCCCAGUGGCCCCCUGAUGCAGUUUGGAUGCCAUCACAUCUGUAUAUAAAGAUUUGAUUGGAUUUCCUACGUUCUUCUUAAAGACAAAAUGGCGGAUUUUAGGAGAAAAAGAAAUGCUGCAUUUGGUUUCAGUGGCCACCGUGUGCACAGGCUGGCUAGUCAAAAUUGCCUAGCUCCCUAUUGAUUGUCUCCAUGUGCUUCCAUUUAACCCUUACCAUAUUGUACUUAGCUUCUCUUAGAAACACACAAUGUAAGCGUUAUGGAGUAAGAUGCUUUAUCACCUCAAAUCACUGUGUACAUGAUCAUAGAUAAUCUUGAAAAUAGUAUUUUUGAGCCAUGUAUUCUUUAGGUUUGUUCAUCAAGAAUGGGUGCAUAUCAGAACUGUAUGGUGGGCAUAUUUUAACAUCCUUGCAGACCUAGAACACAAACUUUGAAUACAAGACUAUCUAUGCAGAAAUGUUUUUUAAAGGUUCAACAAGCUUUUAAAAAAGAAUAAUGUAGCUUCUGUUUUUCUAAUUUAUUGUUAAGUUGGAGGGUAUGUCUUUAAUGAAUAACCCCUAGCAUCUCAUUAAUUUUCUAUUUAUUUAUAGGGUUAAAGUAUUUUACCUUCAUUUUCAGUGUUUUGUCAUCUGCACACCAAGAAAAUAAAGCUCAUCCGGGAUAAA